AUGCUGUUGCUUGAUUGCAAUCUGGAGGUGGACCUGAAGCAUCUCCUGGAGACAGGGGCCUCUGUAAAUGCACCUUCGGAUCCCUGCAAACAGUCGCCUGUGCACUUGGCCGCUGGUGGCGGCCUGGCUUGCUUGCUUCUCUGGCAGCUGCAAACGGGUGCUGACCUCAAUCAACAGGAUAUUUUUGGAGAAGCUCCAUUACACAAGGCAGCAAAAGUCGGCAGCCUGGAAUGCCUCAGCCUGCUGGUAGCCAGAGAUGCCCAAAUUGAUUUACGUAACAAGGAUGGACAAACAGCUGAAGAUCUUGCGUGGUCAUAUGGAUUUUUGGAAUGUGCCAAGUUUCUUAGCACAAUUAAAUGUAUACAGACUAUAAAGUCAAGCGAACCAUCCAGCAGGGGCCAUUGUGUUCCAGUGCUCAGACAGAAACGAAGUUUUGGAAGUACAGAAAGCACAAAUGGGAAAAGGAAGUGUUGGUAA